AUGUUUGGCUGUGAAGAAUGUGGUAAACAAUUUGUGCACAAAGCUCAUCUUAAGAUGCAUGCAAGAAUCCAUACUGGAGAGAAAACCCAUUGUUGCACUGAAUGCGACAAGCGGUUCAGAGAAUCCAGUGAUCUUCGGAAGCAUAUGAGAAUUCACACCGGAGAGAAACCUUAUGGCUGUACUGAAUGUGUCAAGCGAUUCAGAGUAUCAAGUGAUCUUCGCAAACAUAUGAGAAUUCACACUGGUGAGAAACCACAUUGCUGUACUAUGUGCGACAAGCGUUUCAGAGAAUCAAAUGAUCUCCUGCGACACAUUAGAACUCACACUGGAGAGAAGCCGUAUGGCUGUACUGAGUGUGGCAAGCGAUUCAUCGAUAAAAGUUCUGUACAAAGACACAUGAAAAUUCAUGCGGAAGAGAAAUUAUAUUGCUGUAGUGAAUGUGACAAGCGAUUCAAAGAACUUCGUGCACUUCGGAAGCACGUGAAAAUCCAUGCUGAAGAGAAGCCGUAUUGCUGUAGCGAAUGUGGCAAGCAGUUUGUAGAACAAUGUGCACUUCGAAAACACAUGAUAAUCCAUACAGGAGACAAGCCAUAUGGCUGUACUGAAUGUGGUAAGCGAUUCAGAGACUCGAGUGAUCUUCAGAGGCACACGAAAAUUCACACCGGAGAGAAGCCAUACGGCUGUGAUCAAUGUGACAAGUGGUACAUUGAUAAAAUGUCUCUCCAGAGACACAAGAAAACUCAUUCGGGUGAGAAGCCAUUUGUCUGUGGUGAAUGUGGCAAACCUUUCAUUGAUAAAAGUUCUCUUCUGAGACAUGAGAGAAUUCACACCAGAGAAAAGUUGUAUUUCUGUUGUGAAUGUGAUGAGCGAUACUCAGAACUCCGUGAUCUACGAAGACACAUGAAAGUCCACGCUGUAGAGAAGCCAUAUGGUUGUACUGAAUGUGGCAAGCAAUUCAAAGCAUCAAGUGAUCUUCACCGACACAUGAGAAUUCAUACUGGAGAGAAGCCGUACUGCUGUAGGGAUUGUGGCAGGCGAUUCAGAGUCUCGUGUGAUCUUCGUAGACACAUGAGAACUCAUUUGGGCCAACUGGCAAGACCACCUCCAGCUGACAAGACUGCAGCCGCCAACUGGCAAGACAACGGUGAACUAGAAAUACAAGAAAUUCAGUUGUAA